GCGCAAUAUAUAUAUAUUUAUUCAUUUAUUUAUAUUUGCAGAGAGAGAGAGAGAGAAGCCGGUCAACGGAGGUGGCACACUUCAUGCAGUGCGUGUAUACUCACACAACACUAUCCCCUCAUACCACUUAAGUAUAUCCUCUAUUAUAUAUAUAUAUAUAUAUAUAUUUAUUUAUGUAUUUAGGCAGCACCAAAGAAAAUGCAUUCGAUGCGUCAACGUGGGUGCAACAUCGUUGCCUCUGCGGUCUCCGCCUUCUUCGUCAUGGCUUUUCUCACCGCGGGCACAACCAUCCUACGUGAUCUGCUGCUCCGACCACAUCCCGUUGUCCGUGACGUGCGUGUCUCGGGGACGUCGCCGCUGUAUGAGGUGCGCACCCAGGUGCUGCUCUCCCCGAAGCUCCCCGACGCAGCGCUGUAUUACCUCCCCCGUGCCAGCAGCCCGGAGAAGGUGGCGCUACCGUCGAACAUCCAAGUCGUCGACCUGGCGGACCACGAGGGGGACAAGGAGGAGGACCGGAAGCGGAAGCUGUGGCAGCGGCAGCACCUCCCGGCCGGCUACCACGUCGCUGUUCGCACCACCCACCGAAUUGUUUUGUACAUGUCCGGCUCCAUCGACUUCUCGCCGCUGUGGGACUGGAACACGAAAUCGAUUUACAUCUCGUUUGUCGCGCGCUUUCAGUCGCCGUCCACGGCGCAGAACGACGUUGUGUUUCUCGAUGCCGUGAUGCGACCGGUGUCCCCGCCAGCGUCGAUGGCGCGUCUGGCGGCACUGCGCCGGCGAGAGCGGGAGGCGAAGCGGCUCCUCGACCACUCCAUCAACGCCGGUACCGUCGCGCCGAGCGUUGCUGUCGAGCCGCUGAUGACGGAGGCGGAGCGCCAGCAGCUGGCGGCCUACGAGGAGACCCUGCGCAGCCGCGAGCACGAUCAUUCGUCGCUGUACGUUGACCACGUCGACCGCGUUCUUUUUCUGAAUGAGUCCUUCAAGUACUUCGUGGACGCCUUUGAUGACGUGUCGCUGCCGGGCAGCGUCGUGGAGGUGGUGCUGCGCUAUCAGGUGAUGAGCUACUCCGGCUGGGCUCCCGUGCGGGAGGAGGUGUUGGGUCAUAAGGUGCGGGCGCACAUGCCCACGGCGGUCAUUCCCUUUUCCCCACAAGGUCGCCCCGUGUGA